CCUGUUUUUUUUAUCUUUUACGGAGGUACGAGUCGUUCAGGUACCUGCAUUUAUGAACAUAUAUAUGAAGAUAACUUUGAAAAAGGUCCUCAGUUUUCUUGAAACUACGACGGUGGUUAAACGAAAAGAAUAUUAGUUUUUAUUAAUUUUUGCCUAAAAUUCGAAUUAGUUCAUAUAUCUUAAUAAUGGAAACCUUAAUAACUUGUGAUGUGUGCUUAAAGAAUGUCAGCUUUGUGGAAUUCGAAACACAUUAUAAAUAUUGUGUGGGUCAGCGUAAUGCUUUUGAUAUUAUAAUGGGAAAAUCAACAAUGAACUCGCAAAACCAGAUACUGUUAUCCAAAGAAGCAGACAAUAACAAAAGGUGCAUUCCUUCGGAUAUGGAAAUGCGUCAUAUAUUAACAGAUAAACAAAGAGUUUCAGCGGCUUCGGAUAUACAAAAUAGUGCUAAUAUUUCUGAAAUUCCGAUGCAGUCUAAUUUUCCUAUAAAAACGUUUCGAGUUUACGCCAAAAACAGAGAGAUUGUUCUUCAGGACGUGAUAAAUCAGUGCGAUAAUGACAUUCUUAAAGUUUUGAUUUUCUGCCUGGGCGAGUACAGAUCAAUAAAGUUUAAUUUAAAGGUUCAUGGAUUAUAUGCUAAGGAAGAUGAAGAAGGUGAAUGUGGUGAAACAGUCAAAGCCUUUACUACGCCAUAUAAAUCAGCAUAUGAAACCAGAUCUCUCGUCAAAGAACUUGUUGAUACUCUGGAUUACAUAAGAUCUUCAGUCAUUGAGUUUCAGUACAGAAACUACGAUUUGUUAAUUAAAGGUUUUAACUUUAUUGAGAUCACAGCAAUAAAAUUGGAACAUAUACCUGCAGCUGGGUUUGUAUCGGCCCCUAAAGCCAUAAAAUGUAAAAAUGCAUUAAUAAAUGUAAAAAAUAAAGAUAAUUUCUGUUUUAAAUGGAGUAUUUUGGCCUCUAUUGCUCUAAUAAGACAUAAUAAUAAAAGUUUCCAAAAUGUUGGGAAGAAAAAACAAGAACGAGAAAGAUUAAACUCGCCUUUGCAUUAUAGAGGUGUGGACAUUUCCCAAGAUGUAAUCAUAUAUGAUGGGAUUAGACUGGAUUUCACUGGAAUAGUGUUUCCAAUACAACUAGAGGGGAUUAAACGAUUUGAAAGCAACAACAACGAAUUCAGUAUUAAUGUCUAUGAAGUUGGAGAUGAUGGGAAGAGCAUCGUUGGACCCACAAUUAGAGCACAGAAAACUCGAUCUCGCCAUAUUAACUUGUUGGCCCUGAAUAAUUGUUAUGAGCAAACGAUGCACCAUGCAUUCAUCACAAACAUGAAGAGACUAUGUUUUUCACAACAUUCUAAAGCCCAUAAUUCGCCAGGAUUUUGUGAAAAUUGCUUGCAGUUUUACCCAUUAAAAACCAAUAAACAACAUAAUUGUGAUUACGUAUCUACAAUUUACCCAGAACCAAACACCAAACUUAGUUUUAAAUCCAGUUCAAAAUGCAUCUCCCCACCCAUUGUCAUAUAUGCGGAUAUAGAGUCCUCCCUGGAAUCUAUAUCGUCCGAGGCGUGGGCUGCUUCAUUUUAUAUUGUUCAUUACUACGAACCACGUUUAAAUGAAAUGCACACCUUUGAUGGUUCCGAUUGCAUUAAGAAGUUCUGUCAAGCACUGAAAGAUAAAUUGAGAGGGCUUUAUUACAAAUACUGGAAGUUUCAAAAACGAAACCAUGAUAGCGUUGAUGAAGAAUCGGAGAGGCUUGGAAAAUGUGCUGUCUGCGGAGAGGAAAUUAGUGAAUGCUCCUUAGAUAUGUUAUUCCAUCAGUUUGCAGGAUUCUAUUUGGGCCCUGUCCACGUGGCCUGCAAAACCAAACAUAGGCUUAAUUAUAGUUUCUUCCCUGUUGUUUUUAACAAUCUAACAAGAUUCGAUAUUAAUUUAUUAAUUAGAGAGAUGGGUAGAGAAGUUAAACCCAUUCCCAGCAACCAAGAUUUGUAUACAAUGCUAAUUCUUAAUUGUUCCAUUAAUGGCCAAGAUCGGUUUCAAAUUAAAUUUUUAGACUCAAACAAUUUCUUUAGUUACAACAUAGACAAACUGAUUAGCAGUAUGAAUGAUAAUAGUUUUGAAAAUCUAAGAAAAAGAUAUAAAGAUAUGAAAUUUGAGUUGAUGUGCUUGAAAAAGGUGUACCUUCAAAAUGCAGAAAGUCUUGAUCAGCUAGACAAUAUAGUAUUACCAGAAAAUAUGUUCUCGAAUUGUCAAGAUUAUAUAAAUGCUGAUCAGGUUUGGCAUACUUUUAAUUGUCAAAAUAUUAGAGAUUACUUAAAAGUAUAUUUGGAAAGGGAUGUAACUAUUUUGGCAGAUGUAUUUGAAGACUUUAGACGCCUUUGCAUAACGACAUAUGGAUUAGAUCCAAUGAAUUACGUUACAGCUCCUUCGAUGGCUUGGGAUGCCAUGUUGAAAGUUACCGAGGUAAAUUUAGAUUUAAUUAGUGAUCCCGAAAUGUUGAAUUUUCUACAGAAUGCAGUUCGAGGUGGGCUUGUUAAAUGCAAUCAAGAGAAUGCAACAGCGAAUAAUGAAUACUUGGAUAACUUUGAUCCCAGAGAGCCAACCAAUUAUUUAGCCAGCAUUGAGGCCAACAAUCUGAGUGAAUGGGCCAUGAGUCAGCCCUUGCCAUAUUCCAACUUCACUUUUUUAAAUGACAAUGAAAUAGAAGAACUAGAUAUUAAAGAACAUCCUUCAGAUGGAGAUGUAGGUUACAUCUUACAAGUUGACCUCAAGUAUCCAUCUUACCUCCAUGGCAGUCAUAGCAGUAUGCCUUUUUGCCCUGAAAAUCAAGUUCUUCCAGGUGGAAAUCAUCAACAAGUUAUAGCCAAAAUCACUGACAAAACAGAUUACAUAAUUCAUUUGAAACACCUGCAAUUGUGUUUAGAACAUGGACUGAUACUAACUAAGAUACAUCGAGUACUUUCUUUUAAUCAAACUGCCUGGUUGAAACCUUACAUUGAUUUCAAUAUGAAUCAUAUGGAAUUGGCUAAAAAUGAAUUUGAAAGGCAGUUUUUGAAAUCAAUGAAUAGCUUUAUCAUUGGUAAAGCCCUUGAAAAUGUGGAAAAACGUUGUGAUAUUACCGUAGUCACACAUUAUCAAUCUAGACAGAAUUCUCCAGGAUUUCGACAACGAGUUGCUAGAAAUAAUUUCCGCGGCGUGGAGAUUUUUCCUAAUAAUUUGGCCGCAAUUCAGUCAGUAAAGUCAAAAAUAACCUAUGAUAAGCCAUUGUACAUAGGAGUUACUGUUCUGGAACUCUCAAAGUGGUUUAUGUAUGAACAUUAUUAUAAUUUUCUUUCUGUUAAAUGUCCUUCAUCUAAAAUUUUAUUGAUAAACAAAAACUUAUUUGUUGCUUCGUUAAGAGAAGACUUUUAUAAAUUGGUUGAAGAAAAUCCACAACGCUUUGAUACCUCUAAUUAUAUUGUAAAUGGCCAAAAUAAUGAUGUAAAUUUAAUGCAAGACAAAUAUGCUGCUCAAGCUAUAAAGGAAAUUAAGGGAAAGCGAGUCUAUUUAAGAAAAUAUUCAUAGAAAUAUGUAUUAAUGUUAUUAUUAAGUUUGUUUAUUAAAAAUACAUUACCUAAG